GAGCAGAAUUACCUAAGGUAUCCACAGUGAUCACCGGGACCGAUGUCCGCUCUCGUCAAGAUGUACUAUAUAUAUUUCCUGACUAUGGUCGCCUUUCUGGUCAGCAAUGGAUUGGCUUUUGUUUGCGAUGAGCAUGCGACAAUCUGUGAGACGACCUUAGAGAUAGCUACCUCACUAACCAUGUUUCAUGAGACAGAAAAAGCUGUGUUUCCAAACAAUGGCCGUCUGUAUCGUUAUGACGUUACUAAUAUGACCGCAGCUACACCAAUAAACGUAGAUGACGUCAUCACAGCUGACGGAUGGGAAAUGCAAAGAGUUGUUAUCGUAGCCAACGGCAGUCUGCCAGGGCCAACAAUUACCGUUUUCGAAGACCAAACACUUGUGGUUCAUGUUAAAAAUAAUCUGUACUCUGAUACCGUUUCUAUCCACUGGCAUGGACUACCACAGAAAGGCACACCCUACAUGGACGGGGUAGGGUUUGUAACACAGUGUCCCAUUAAUCCUGGACAAACAUUUACAUAUACCUUUAAAGCUCGCCCUAGUGGAACAUAUUGGUAUCACUCCCAUGUUGGAGCGCAGAGAACAAAGGGUUUAUAUGGCGCUUUGAUUAUUAAAGAGCGGAAUCCACCACCAACUGUACAAGGAGUGGCUGAAGACUUUGUCAUGCAGAUACAGGACUGGAAUCAUGACUAUGACGUCGACCAAGCAUUCCUUUAUUCCGAUGCUGGGGUCUUUUUAAAUAGAAAAGAAAUCAAGCCCUCUGUGGCUCUUGAUGGGUCUAACUUCAGUCUCUGGUAUGCCGAAUCAGCCUUAAUUAACGGGAAAGGGAGGUACUACGACUCCUCUACUGGAGCACACAACGAAGCACCCCUUGAAGUUUUUAAAGUUAAAAAAGAUAAAAGUUACAGAUUCCGUGUAAUAAAUGCUGCUGGUAUGUAUCCCUAUAGAAUUUCUGUGGACAGCCAUCCUUUGACAGUUGUGGCCACUGAUGGAUAUUACAUAAAACCAAUAACGGUGGAAUCACUGAUAAUACACCCAGGUGAGAGAUUUGACUUUGUUAUAUACGCCAAUAACAGUGUUGGAAACUACAUGAUUAGAGGACAUACCUUAGAGGUUAACAGACGCACACUGGUCGAAGCGGUUUUACACUAUAACGGAGCAGACCAGAAUUUUGUGAACAUCUUCUCCACCCGAGCACAAUGUCUCUCAUCGAGCAAGUGCUUGGUUUUGAAUUGUCCAUUUUCUUUUUAUCCAAAAGAAACCAAUAUCCAGUGUAUAACAAUGGAUAGCGUAAGGAGCGAUUCCCCCGAAGAAGUUCCUGAUUAUCAACCCGGAGCCUUUCAGGAACAUUUUCUGAACUUUGCAUUUCCAGGACCAAACUUUUCCCCCGAUUCUGUUAACGGUGUAGAAUUUGCAUUUCCUACUGUCUCAGCGUUAUCUCAACCGACCGAGAUAACGGAACAAUGUUCAAAAGCUGAUUGUGGAGAACAAAAGAUCUGCUCCUGUACUAACACCAUAGACUUGAAGCACAACGAUACAAUACAAUUUGUGUUUGUGAAUAUGGGUAGAGGAAAAGGUUGGUCUCAUCCAAUUCACAUGCAUGGGCAUACAUUUCAUGUUUUAAAAAUGGGAUAUGGUAAUUACAACACGUCAACAGGUGAAUUCAUAUCGCAAAAUGCAGACAUAGACUGUCAAGGAGGAACCACUCAGGAUGAAAGUUUCUGUAACAAUGCCACUUGGAGUGAUCCAUCAUGGAGGCAUGGAAACAUUCCUGGUCUUAACCUCGUGGAUCCGCCGCGAAAAGACACAGUUAUCGCACCUAGUGGUGGGUACGUGGUGGUAAGAAUUAAGGCUGAUAACCCUGGAUUAUGGAUCAUGCAUUGCCACAUCCAGCUCCACUCAGCAGACGGCAUGGCAGUACUUUUGAACGAGUCUUUUCCAAACUUACCACCGGUACCAAAAGGUUUCCCUUCCUGUGGGAACUUUAAAGGUUCUCUUACAGAGGAUAAACAAGAUAUGUCAACACAAUCAGUACCAGUUACCCAGUCUCCUGCUAUAAACUCUGGUGAAUGCCACCCGGAUGUGCAUUUCUGUUCACAAAUAAAUGACAUAUGCCAAGGAACUCAUCAUACUACUGCCAAAACGAUAGGAUGUACCAAGUACUGUGAUCUUUGUGCAACUUCGCCUUCACAUGGUCAUGGACAUCUCCCACAAUACAGAAGCCUUCCAUUAGACAGCAGUAAAUCUUACCGGAUCCCGUGGCUUCAGAAGAUCUGGAACUAAAUAAGAAACUUCGAACAACGUGAUGUUUUUCUUUGAAAGACUUUAUCAUUAAUUCGUAAUUUCAAGUCAGAUGAUAUCACAUGUAGUUUUUCACCUGCAUUACAUAAUCUUUAAAGGAGAUGGUCAAAUUAAAAAAAGGACUGAAGAGUGAAGAAUGUGCAAACUUUCAAACGUAUAAAAAUUAAAUUCAAUAUGUCAACUAAAUAUAUAUUUAUAGAAAAAGUUUCACUUAUUGCAAUGUAUAAAAUAAUGAUAAGCAAAAUUUUUCUGUAUAAAAAUUUUUCGAAAAAAAAAAACCUCACAAUUUUAGGGAAUGUGAAUCCAAACAAUACAAAUAUGGAGUACCAUUAUUUUUUUCUUUCUCGGAUACUGUAGUGUCAUUUUUAUCUUGUUUGUGAUAUGACCCUUGAAUAACUGAACUGAACUUCAAAUGUUUCUCAGAUAGAACCAAUAUUGUUUUAUAAAACUGUACAAUUUAUUGUAUUUUAAAGGAAGAGUGGGUCAUUGUGUUAAGUUUUUGUUGAGCAGAAAAUGAUUAUUUUUUAAGUACAUGUAUAUUUGUUUUAUUUUCUUUUUAUUUUACACAUUCUUAUUAGAAGAAAGUCUUUUUUUUCUCAAUUUGUGCGUUUAUAGUGUUUGUAUUUUAUCAUACUUUGUAUACCUGGGUCAUAUUGGACAUUGUUGAAUUCGAUAUGUUUUAUAUUGGUACCGUCAGAAAAGUUACAUGUAAAACAUAUAUGAUCGUAGGCCUUGUCGUGAUUUGCAUUCUGCUCUUUUAAGGUACUCCGAUCCUCAGCCAGGAAGGAUAACUCUUUAAUUUAUGUUUAAUUCAAAAUGAAUCUUGAAAAUUAAAUCUUUUCAUGCAACAAUUUUCAAUAAGCUUUAAGGUUCUUUGGAGUUCUCAGAAAGGUCUUAUAAAAGGAUCGGAGUAUCUAAAGAAGUUUUAUUUUUCUAAAUCUUUUAUGAUUUGUGCAUAAAUAUUUUUUGAGAGUGUAACUUUUUUCUAUUUGUUAUGGUGUUCUGCAGGUUUUAUGCAUUUCGCUCGGCCCAGUAAAUCAAAAUUAUUACCAAUGCAACGUCAGGAAUUGUUAUUCAACGUUGUAACGUCAAAACGACAUCCAAAUAGACUGGUUUUGAUGUGUGGUGUCUAGAUAAUACAUUUAGUAAAUAUAUACAUUGUA